AUGAAGUCAGAGCCAGCAGGGCCAGCCGUGGAAGACGACCUUCCUCAAGUAGCAGUCCGUCUGGAUGGGAAUCAAGUCAUCACGCUUCAGCGCUUCAUCCAGGAGAGGCUUCAUACGCCUGCCCUGAUUGAAGUUACUAUAGAAGCUGUUUUGUCGGACAGAAAGUGUCGACAGAUCAAAAAACAAUGUGAGCUUGCAAAACAUCUGGGGUGCACACCAGUCCUUUUCUUCAACGGAAUGGAGGAUGCCAAGAUUGCCAUUGAUGUGGAGACCCUCCCAGUGUGGAUUUCCCGCGAAAACGUUGAACAUUUUGCCUUCCGACAGGCGCAGAAGAAGGCGGAGAAGGUGCAGGCUGCAGAAGCGAGGGCGCUGGCUGCAGAGAUGGCGCUGCAACAGCUUCAAGGCAGUGCCCCAGCGCAACCGACAGUCAUUUGGGCCUGUCAACUUCGCAAGGACUACGACUUCGAUGACGGGACAGCGAUUGAGGUCGCCGGCAAUGCCUUUAAACUCAAAGGGGCCAUUGCAGACGCGGCGACCUCAGCGGCAAUCAAGGAAAAGAAGCCAGAGACUGUGUUGUGCGAUGCGGAUGAGCUGGACAUAUACAGCCGGAAGGAUCGAGAGCUUCGCAAGUCAGAACAGUCAAAACACACUCACUCUCUCACCUCCAAACCCCCUUGCUGUGUCUCAGCUUGA